CACGCUGGUCAUGGCUUCUUCUGGGCUGCCAACUUCCGACCCUUCUCGUCUUCCCGCCUACCGGUUCUCGCAUCUCGGUCGGUUUCAUCCGUACCCCAGGAGCGCUCCUCGACGCGCCGAAGAUGCCCUCAUGCAAACCGUUGACUACAGGACAAGGACGGGCUUGGACCCCAUCCUUGAAGAGCCGGAGCCAGUUCGCAUUCGCCCUCUCGUCGUCUGUCAGGAAAUCCCAGACGGCGACGUGUCUUCCUUUGAGCUUGACUAUCCGGUCGUGGGCGACACGGAGUUCUUCGACCAGAAUGCUGCGGCUCCUAUGGAGGUAGGCGGAGGGCUAAAAGCAGGUCUCCUGCAUCUGCUCGUGGCGCUGCGUCGUCGAUCCCUCGCUCUGUUGGCAGCCGGGGCCUUUCUAAAGGGCGAACGCUGGACGAAGUGAGUGCUGUGUGUUGUGCUUGCUGUCGCCUUUUGCUUGGGGUUCGUCGUUGCUCGUACCGUCUUGUCAUCUUCUC